AACUACUCAUUGUAGUUUGUUUUACGCCACAAAAUGUUUAAAAGCGAUAAAGAAGUCAAACAAUAUCAGUUUCAACCUGAAUUUCUAACAGUACGUUUAAGAUUUCAAAUCAACAUAUACGUUUAAAUCGACAAAUAUUUCAUGGAAAUGGGCUUCGAAGGAGUUUUCCAUAAAUAUCCACAUAAAUUUUGGUUGUUAUUAAUUUUGGUACAUGUUUUAUUUAUUACUCCAUCAUAUUCUUAUGAAAUUUGUGCGGAAAGCGGUGGUUACAUGUGCCAUGAAGAACAUCCUAACCAAUUCUAUCGGUGUACAGGAUAUAACAGGAAAGCAUUAAUGUCUUGCGGUACAGAACUACAUUUUGAUCCAAGAUUUAACGUCUGUAACUGGCCAAACCCUAAUGAUUGCAGUGCACAGAUAAAUCGAUCAAAAACCACCAAGUUAAAUGAUGUUGGAGCUGCUACCAAACCACCUACAACGUCUGUAGUUACCACUGACGGUGUUCCUUUCAAACGAAGUUCAUUAAUAAGUAAAAUUUUGUCAACCACUACUUCUAAACCAUCAACUCAUCCUCAAACCACUACUUCUAAACCAUCAACUCAUCCCCAAAAGAUAUUUGAACUCACAGGUCCCUGUCGUCCAGAACAUUGCAAAUUACCGAACUGUAAAUGUCCUGGGCCUGAAAUUCCAGGCUCAUUGCCAACAAAUGCAAUUCCGCAGAUAAUUCUAUUGACUUUUGAUGACGGAAUUAAUGAGCAUAAUAUCGGUUAUUACAGGGAUUUGUUUAGCUUGAACCUAACCAAUCCAAACGGCUGUCCUAUUCAAGCAACAUUUUUCGUUUCCGGCGAUUAUACUAUUUAUAAGGAUGUGAAAGAAUUAUAUGACCAAGGGCAUGAAAUAGCUUCUCAUAGCAAAUCGCAUAAAUUUCCAGAAGAUUACUGGUUGAAUGCUGAUUACAAGACUUAUACCGAUGAAAUAAAUGGCAUGAAAAUCUGGCUUAGUGAAAAGGCCGAUAUUCCAGCAGAAGAUAUUCGUGGAAUGCGUUCACCGUUUCUUGCAUUGGGAAAAGAUGCCCAGUUCAAAAGUUUGGAAGAUCAUAAAUUUUACUUCGAUAGUUCGAUGGUUACAGGUUCAAUGUCUACUACUACAGAAAUACCAACGUGGCCCUUUACACUUGAUUACCCGGUUAACUGGAGAUAUUGUGCACUUAAAUACUGCCCAGAGAAAUCAUAUCCAGGAUUAUGGGAAGUCCCACUUAUACGUUGGUACAAUGACAAAGGCAGUGCUUGUUCAAUGGCUGAUUCAUGUACAAUUCCUCCAAACACAUCGGCUGUCGUAAAUUACUUGAAAGACAACUUUAAUCGCCAUUAUGAAAGAAAUAAGGCACCUUUCGGCAUAUUUUUGCACGCACGUUGGCUUACUAAUAACUUAAAACCACUGAAGAAAUUUUUGGAAGAAGUUUCUCUCAAAAACGAUGUAUGGAUCGUGACAGUGUCUCAAGCUUUGCAAUGGAUUCAGAAUCCAGUUCCAUUGGACAAUAUUUCUGAUUUCAGACAUUGGAAAUGUAAAUAAAUAACUGAGAAGGAAAUAAAAUGAUGGAUAUUUUACGAUUCAAAAUCGAAAUAUUUAAAUAUUUAAUUGUUCUCGGAAUUUUAACAUUGUUUGGGAAUUAUAUAAUCAACCUUUCACCACUGCAUCCAUUUCCAUUUUUACAGUUUUAUCGCUUAAUUGAAUAAACUGAGAUAUUCUUUUC